UCCCUUCUCUCUCUCUCUCUCUCUCUCUCUCUCUCUCUCUCUCUCGUAGCUGCUUGCCAAACUCCUGCAUCUCGUGAGAACAUCCAUGGAAAUGCCCCAUUUUCUUCGGUUUAACCUCAAUCGGACCUUGUUUUCUUCCUCUCCAUCCUUUUUUCUCUGCAUACCCUUGAUCCAGUCUCCGAAAUAUGUUCUUGCUCUCAAAUUUUCGAUGUUUUUUUGAGCUUCUUAUCACUCGUCAACCUUCUUCUCCGAAUCUUCUAUUUUUUUUGGCGGUUUGACUAGUAGAACCUCCACCUUUUGUUGUGCCCAUCGCGUCUUCGUGAUGCUUCUGCUGAUCAACGCAGUCAAAGCUGUGACUUGGUGCCUGUCGGCGCUCUCGAGCUUGGAUCCCUCUUUCCUAGACUUCGUCUCUGAUCUGUCGCUAGAUCUUCGCAACUCUCCGCUUUCUGGGAUCUUCUCGGUUUUCUCUAAUCCCCACUUCUUCUUCGUCAGGGUUAUUUGAUUCCCCAAGCUGGAAAUCGGCAGAGAAAUCCACGGCUUACUCUUUCUCCUUAGUUCUUAGUUGAUCAAUGCUUCGAUCGUUUAGAUAAUACUUCUCUUUUUUUAAUCUUCUCUUAGAAAUUGUUUUAGAGGGCAAGUAUGCAUUGGAAGGCUUUUGAAAGUUGAGAACUUGCCUUAGGGUUUCCACGGGACAUCAAAAACUAUGGCUGUUGUCUUUUUGCUGGCAGUUCAUAUGUGAUGUAAGAAGGGUUCUGCGCCUUGUGUUUGGUGCUUUUGUUAGCCCUUGUAGCUUAAAAGAUGUAUGAGAAUGGCCACCACUUCGUUGAGUGGAAGGAACAUUUUGUAUCACAGGAGCGUGGAAACCGAGUUGUUCAUUAUUUUCUGAAGGAUUCUUCCGGUGAAUCCAUCCUGGCUGUGGUUGGUACCGAGAGAAGUGUUAGGCACAUGUUUUAUGUUGUUUCAGAGGAGUUUGUGCGUGUUCAUGGUGCUGAGAAUUCAAUUCAUGCUGGCUUCAAAUGGAGAUCAAGAAGAGAGGUUGUAGAUUGGCUCACUUCAAUGCUGUCUAAGCAAAAUUCACAAGGCAACUGGUCGAUAUCGCCUAAAUGUGAUUCGGAGGAACCUAAUGGUUCUCCAACAUUUCCAAGUAACGGAGCCACUGUUCAACGGACUCAAGCAACUGAUGAGAUGGGUCGUCUUCCUGUGAACCUAAGUGUACAUAAUUGGGAGAUCGUGUGGUCAGGAACUUCUUGGAUGUGUGGUAAGCAGCUCAAACAUUACCCAUCCUUUUGCAGGAAUGGUACGACGAUAAAGGUUCAAUCUUUUGUCUUUAUAAUGGAUAAGUGGGAGGGCCAUAAUGUGGCAUAUCUCGAAGAUAUGUACGAGGACAAGAGAGGCCUGAAAAAGGUUAAAGUGAGAUGGUUUCAUUACACCGAAGAAGGGAAGGGUGCAGUUUCUGUCAAAAACCGAAAUUCAAAAGAGGUUUUCAUCACCCCUCACUCGCAGGUCAUCAGUGCAGAAUGUGUUGAUGGUCCUGCCACUAUCUUAACCCGGGAGCAUUACGAGGAGUGUUUGGCUUCUUUUCCUAAUUCUUUGUUAGCGAGGGUACACAUGUGCUUUAGGCAACUCAGGAACAACAAAGUCAAACCCUUUGACUUGAGUAGAUUGCGCGGGUACUUUGACCAACCGAUUAUGUCUUGCUUGAGUUCUGCCCCUUUAUUGGAGGUUGAACCUGUAGAUCGCUCCAUCAAUGAAGAGGAGGAGGAAGAGCAGAGUGAAGAUGAAAAAACAAAGACAGGUACAAAGAGGACCAAGAAAAAACAAGUGAGACGGAUUUCUGACUAUCGAUUGGUGACCAGUGAAUCUUCACGCAAGAAACUCAAACGUGGCAGAGAAGACAAAGGAUUUCUUCCUCCAACCCAUGUACUGAAACAUCCUUGUUACAAUGGAGUUGUUAAGGCUGAUGCGAAAAUAGAGUUGCUGUGUCAAGACAGUGGUAUAAGGGGAUGCUGGUUUAGAUGCACUGUUCUGGAAGUGUCCAGGAAACUAAUAAAAGUCCAGUAUGAUGAUAUACUGGAUGAGGAUGGAUAUGGAAACCUUGAGGAAUUUGUGCCGGCUGUUAAAUUUGCUAUGCCUGAUAAGCUUGGAAUGAGGUCCUCUAACCGGCCAACGAUCCGGCCUGCUCUCCCUGAUGCUAAAAGAGCAGACUUUACUCCCACAGUCGGUACAGCUGUUGAUGCUUGGUGGAGUGAUGGUUGGUGGGAAGGUGUUGUAACAGCAAUUGACAACCCCAUCACAUCGGGCCUGCAAAUUUACGUCCCUGGGGAAAACUUAUUCUUGAACAUGGACAAAAAUGAUCUCAGGAUCUCCAGGGAUUGGGUUGGAGACGGUUGGGUUGAUAUCGAUCCUAAACCCGAAAUACUCUCUUCUAUCAUGUCUUCUGCUGUUAGUCCUGAAGCCAAGGUGUCCAUGGUGUCAACCAUUCUUGCAAAAGAUGGCAAAAUGGAGCCAAUUGCUAUGGCAAAUACCGAUAAAGAAGCAAAACUUGAAUACCCUCAAUGUGAUGAUGGUUCAGGGUAUAGCCUUCUGAUGGAAACAAACGAAGAGAAAAAGGACGGUGGGGAUGGUGUGGAAAAUGUCCAAAACCAAUCUUCAAAAGAUGAAGAUAAAGAGGCUGGAAGUAACUACAUUAACACGGGUGUCAACCAUGUAAACAUCAUAGAUGAGAGCGAUGUUACACUUAAUUAUGAGAAAGGCAGCAAGCCAGGAUUGGCCAGUGUCCUUUCAAAGACCGCUACCACGCCCGCGAAAAUAUACAAUGAUGACUGAUUCCAGCACUAGGUAUGUGCCUCGAUUCAGAAACUUUGAUAUUUAUGUAUAUAUAAUGACAUAGCUUGCAGGGUUUUUUUUUUGGCUUGACUUCGUUUGGCUCGAGGGAGGGGUGGGCUGUACAGAAAUUGAAGGGGCUAGAUUUUGGUGGCUGUGUUUGUUUAACCAAUGUAAGCAUAGGAGUUUAGGAAUGGGAAUUUAGGUUAAGCUACGUUUGUUAGGGCAAGUCAUUUGUAACACAAGACUCGUCUUUGGACAUGUUGCUCCUAGCUGUAUCAGUUUUAAGAAGAUAUAAGCACGUAAUGCAAGUAAGUAUCCUAA